GGCAAUUCGAACGCACUCUUUGAACGAUUCUGAAACUCCGAUGCGAGGACACCACUGAACAGUAUGGCCCCACAAGCGCGUCAAUUCAAAAAGGUCAAUUAUUUGUUAAAAAAAACUGAACGAGUGGAACAGAGCGUGUCCUUUUCGAUACAGAUUUCUAAAUUAUUUUGGUCUUAGCGUUGAACAUGAAACAACAUUUAAAAUGCCUCUAAAACGGCGGACACGGGCAAAAGGUCAGACAAAGCAGAAAUCCUCUAAAUCUCGAGAGUCAUCGUCAGAAGACACGGAUCGUUGUACAGCAGAGGAAAUUGUCAAUAGACUGGCUAAAAAGUAUUUAUUGAAAUCCAGCACAGACACUGAGCAGUCGGACCAAAAGGAGAAUGAAAGAGCUUCAACCAGGGUGGCCGAUCCUUACGAUGCAGACUUGGAGACCAGUGAAGUAGACACAGCUGCCUCGGUGGAAACAGCCAGCGACAUGGAGUACCUCGAGGCCCAGCCCUCGCCGCGCAUUCUCUCCCCUUCCAGACAAGCCAAUGUGGCUCCUCUCCUCUCAGUCAGCAGUAAACAUGAAUCAUCAAGGCAGAGUUCGUCCAAGUUUCUAUCAACCCGUCGGCAACACGAGUCCAGAAGGCCAUCUGCCACCACCCCUCAGAAAUCUGCCACAGCACAGGAGAAGCACUCCUUCCAGGGUGACAGCGGGUUGUUCAUCUCCCCGCUUAGCAACAUUCCCCGGCGCCAUUUGCCCAAGAUGAAUGCGUCUGACACCUCCACACCCACGUCAGCCUGCGGCGACAUCCGAUCGGACCUGAAUGACUCUUGCUUCGGCUUUGAGAGCCUGGUGGCACCGGAUCCCCUCGCGCCCAUCUCGCCCGUCGACCCCAUUUCACCUACAGGUCAAGCUGCUCGCUCAAGGUCUGCUCUCAGUGAUGUUUCACUGACAAGAGACAGCAGUGCAUCUACCUCGUUCAGAGUGGGCCCAGCCACGGACUGUGGCCCACCCAAGCGGAAGGUGUCUGCGACCCUGGAUUUGACGAGUCUUGUUCAGGAACAGCCACAGCCUGUCAAGAAACUGAAGAAAAAGCUUAAGCCUGAUACAGCUAAGCUGUCGAAGGCACAAGAAUGGGCAGCCAAAAUGGCAGAAGAGUUUCAAGACAUUGAGAUGCAUGAGCUCACUAUCGAGGGAUGACAGACAUGAGUUCUUCAGAAUGAUGUACAGUAAGAAGCACGUUACAGCGCAGAAGGUAUGGAUUUCAUGCCAGGACUGUUCAAAUGGCUCAUCGCUACUUUUGUACUUGCUUUCUGUACUUUUGUACUUUUUUUCUUACUUGUGGUAGAAAAAUUAAUUGAGUACUCUGCAAGUCCCUAAGUAAGCUUUGUCAGAAUCCAGAGAAAGCACCCUUUAGGUCUUGAAUGCUCAGUGGAUUCUCAAACGGACUCUGGCACAAGUACAGUUACUACCAUGUUCACAAUGUUUCUUAUGUGGCUUUUACAUUUUUGCCAUGCCCUGAGCACUCCACAACCUAUACUUCAAGUGUAUCAGUGUGGGGGCUGUAGGAUUGAGAGUGAUUUCUGCAGGGGCCAAUUUCAUAGAGCUGCUUAAGCACAGAAUUCGCUUAAGCACGAAAAAACCUUGCUUAAUAAACAAA